AGUCGCCCUCGCAACCUAAACGCGCCGUGGCCCCUCCACCGAUCAGCCCCUCCCCCUCCCCCUCCACUCGAGUAAUAAAAUCUCUCCCACCCACCAUCCCUCUUAACCUCUUUUCUCUCUUUCUUCUUCCCUCGUCCGCAUACCAGAAACACGCUUUCUGCCUGCAAACUCACACUUCCAUCGCCCUCAACCUUUUUCCCACAAGCACCCGACAAGUCAAUCAAGAUGCCUCCCAAGGACGAGAAGACCCAUCUCAACAUCGUGGUCAUCGGCCACGUCGACAGUGGCAAGUCCACUACGACUGGUCACUUGAUCUACCAGUGCGGUGGUAUCGACAAGCGUACCAUCGAGAAGUUCGAGAAGGAAGCUGCCGAACUCGGCAAGGGUUCCUUCAAGUACGCAUGGGUCCUUGACAAGCUGAAGGCUGAGCGUGAGCGUGGCAUUACCAUCGACAUUGCCCUUUGGAAGUUUGAGACUCCCAAAUACCAUGUCACCGUCAUCGAUGCCCCCGGCCAUCGUGACUUCAUCAAGAACAUGAUCACUGGUACUUCCCAGGCCGAUCUUGCCAUUCUCAUCAUUGCCGCCGGUACUGGUGAGUUCGAGGCUGGUAUCUCCAAGGAUGGCCAGACUCGUGAGCACGCCCUGCUCGCCUUCACCCUUGGUGUCCGCAACCUCAUCGUUGCCAUCAACAAGAUGGACACUGCCAAGUGGUCCGAGGACCGUUACAACGAGAUCAUCAAGGAGACCUCCAACUUCAUCAAGAAGGUCGGCUACAACCCCAAGCAGGUCGCCUUCGUUCCCAUCUCCGGCUUCAACGGCGACAACAUGCUCGAGCCCUCCUCCAACUGCCCCUGGUACAAGGGCUGGGAGCGUGAGGGCCCCAAGGGCGCCAAGCUCAGUGGCAAGACCCUCCUUGAGGCCAUUGACUCCACCAUUCCUCCCACCCGUCCCACCGACAAGCCCCUCCGUCUCCCUCUCCAGGACGUCUACAAGAUUGGCGGUAUCGGCACGGUCCCCGUCGGCCGUAUCGAGACUGGUAUCCUCAAGCCCGGCAUGAUUGUCACCUUCGCUCCUUCCAACGUCACCACUGAAGUCAAGUCCGUCGAGAUGCACCACGAGCAGCUCACCGAGGGUGUUCCGGGUGACAACGUCGGCUUCAACGUGAAGAACGUCUCGGUCAAGGAUAUCCGCCGUGGCAACGUCGCCGGUGACUCCAAGAACGACCCCCCCUCCGGCGCUGCUUCUUUCACCGCCCAGGUCAUCGUUCUCAACCACCCCGGUCAGGUCGGUGCCGGCUAUGCCCCCGUCCUUGACUGCCACACUGCCCACAUUGCCUGCAAGUUCGCCGAGCUCAAGGAGAAGAUUGACCGCCGUACCGGCAAGUCGGUUGAAGACAACCCCAAGUUCAUCAAGUCUGGUGAUGCCGCCAUCGUCAAGAUGAUUCCCUCCAAGCCCAUGUGCGUUGAGGCUUUCACUGAGUACCCUCCCCUGGGCCGUUUCGCCGUCCGUGACAUGCGUCAGACCGUCGCUGUCGGUGUCAUCAAGUCGGUUGAGAAGGCCGCUGCCGGUGCUGGCAAGGUCACCAAGUCUGCCGCCAAGGCCGGCGCCAAGAAAUAAACGCUCUAAUACCCUGUCAUCAUCCUCCUCAUGGGUCUUCGGAACGUCCUCAGGCCGCGGACCGCUCAUGCUUGCUUCUACGACUCUUACGAAUCUCCUUUGCUCCGCGUGAGGGCCCGGUUUGUCUUUUUUUUUGGGAGGUUAGC